CCUCCCCUCGUAGGUUUUAAGGAGGGUUUAAAGGCGGCAGUAAAGCUUCCCUCACCAUUCCCACCUCCACCUUUCUCGAUAUUUCACAUUUACAAAGAUUUUGAUUCUUUCACCAUCUCCGUUUCAUCAUUCUCUCUCCGUCUCCCCCCCCUCUCUAAUUCAUAUUCUCCCUCACUUCUCUUCAAUUUUUUUUCUAUGCCCUCCAUUAUUUUCAUUGCUAUUUCCCUUCUUGACUCCAAUUUAAAGCCCUGUCCUUUUAGAUUAUAACAAUAAAUCAUUGGUUCAUAGUUAUUGUUUUCUACAUCAUGUGGAGAACCUUAGCCAAAUGUUCUCCUUCUAAACAGCUGAAAUUUCCCUCGAAUUCUAGUAACUUCUUUAAAGACUCCACCUUUAUAGAAAAUAUCAGAUCCCCAGAUGCCAAAAAAUGCCUAAAUUCAGCAUUUUCUUUCCUAUGUUCUCGUCAGAUUGGUGUUUUUCCUCAAAAUGACAAAUUGUGCAAUUCUAGUUUUGGUGAUUUAACAAAACCUUUUGAUCUCUCCCCUUUUUUCUUCAAGGGGUAUGCAACAGCAGCGGCUGCAGAUGUGAUUCCUUCAAAUGACGAAUCAGACCUUUCCGGGUCUGAUGAUUUUCAAGGACUAAUGGAGCAAGUUAACAAGCAUUUCCAGAAAAUGGAACCACAGUUUAGGCCUCAAGAGAAGAAAAUGGUGGCAGGUAUGGGGAUUGGAAAGUAUGCUAUUCUCAAAAGGAGGCAAAUAAAGAUGGAGACAGAAGCGUGGGAACAGGCGGCGCAAGAGUAUCAAGAGAUGUUAGAGGACAUGUGCGAGCAGAAACUGGCACCUAAUUUGCCUUAUGUAAAGUCUUUGUUUCUUGGUUGGUUCGAGCCUUUGAGGGAUGCAAUUGUUGCAGAGCAAGAAUUGUGUAAGCGGAACUUGAGGGUAUCUCAUAGAGCCCAUUUUAGUGACUUGCCCGCAGAUAUGAUGGCAGUGAUUACUAUGCAUAAGUUGAUGGGGUUGUUGAUGACUGGAAAUGGGGGGAGUGCCAGUAUCAGGGUGGUUCAAGCCGCAUCCGUUGUUGGCGAAGCCAUUGAGCACGAGGGUAGGAUACACAAGUUUUUGGAGAAGACUAAGAAGAGGAAGAAUGUGGAAGCCAAGAUAUCUGAAGGUGAGUCUGAUGCUGCUAUUGAGGAAGGAGAGAAACUAAGCAAGGAACAGGAGAAGCUGAGGAAAAAAGUAACCACACUGAUUAAAAAACAAAAGGUUCAGCAAGUAAGACGAAUUGUGAAGGGUCAUGAUGAUUCAAGGCCUUGGGGUCAGGAAGAACAUGUUAAGGUUGGCUCUCGCUUGAUUCAAUUAAUGAUAGAAACUGCCUAUAUACAACCUCCAAUUGAUCAAAUAGGAGAUGGUCCGCCUGAUAUUCGCCCUGCAUUUGUGCAUACCCUUAAAACCAUCACAAAAGAUACACAGAAAAGUAGUAGGAGAUAUGGUGUCAUUGAGUGCGACCCACUUGUUCGCAAAGGCCUUGAGAAAUCUGCUAGGCACAUGGUCAUCCCUUAUAUGCCAAUGUUGGUGCCUCCUCUAAACUGGACAGGGUAUGACCAAGGUGCACACUUGUUUUUACCCUCCUAUGUUAUGCGAAUCCAUGGAUCAAAACAACAACGCGAUGCAGUUAAAAGGGCUUCAAGGAAUCAAUUAGAGCCUGUUUUUAAGGCCCUGGAUACUCUUGGAAAUACCAAAUGGAGAAUAAAUAAAAGGGUCCUUGUGGUAGUUGAUAGAAUAUGGGCUAGUGGAGGCCAUCUUGCUGGCUUGGUUGACCGUGAAGAUGCUCCUCUGCCCGAGGAGCCACAAACAGAAGAUGAAGCUGAAAUUCGGAAAUGGACGUGGAAAGUUAGAAGUGUGAAAAAGGAGAAUAGUGAGCGACAUUCCCAGCGUUGUGAUAUUGAACUAAAACUUGCGGUAGCUAGAAAGAUGAAGGACGAGGAAGGCUUUUACUAUCCACACAACCUUGAUUUUCGCGGUCGUGCUUACCCUAUGCACCCAUAUUUGAAUCAUCUUGGCUCUGAUGUGUGUCGGGGAAUCCUAGAGUUUGCAGAGGGACGACCUCUUGGGAAGUCUGGUUUACGGUGGCUGAAGAUACAUUUAGCAAAUCUGUAUGCUGGUGGUGUAGACAAGUUAUCCUAUGAUGGUCGAAUAUCAUUUACUGAGAAUCAUCUGGAUGAUAUCUUUGAUUCUGCUGACCAACCUCUUGAAGGACGAAGGUGGUGGUUGGGUGCAGAGGAUCCUUUUCAAUGCUUGGCAGCAUGCAUUAAUCUAUCAGAAGCUUUGAGAAGCCCUUCUCCAGAGACUGCUACUUCACAUACACCUGUUCACCAGGAUGGUUCGUGCAAUGGCUUGCAGCACUAUGCUGCUCUAGGAAGGGACAAGUUGGGAGCUGCUGCAGUAAAUCUGGUCGGGGGAGAAAAACCUGCUGAUGUUUACUCAGGAAUUGCGACCAGAGUUCUUGAUAUCAUGCAAAGAGAUGCAGAAAAAGAUCCUGCAAUUAAUCCGAAUUCAGUGCAUGCUAAGCUUUUAGUCAAUCAGGUGGACCGGAAGUUGGUGAAGCAGACGGUGAUGACAUCAGUGUAUGGGGUCACUUAUAUUGGUGCCCGUGACCAAAUCAAAAGGAGGUUAAAAGAGCGUUGUAUCAUUGCAGAUGAUCCACAGCUGUAUUCUGCAGCCUGCUAUGCAGCAAAAACCACCUUGAUGGCUUUGGAAGAGAUGUUUGAAGGUGCAAGAGGGAUUAUGGCUUGGCUUGGAGAAUGUGCAAAGGUGAUAGCUUCAGAAAAUCAGCCUGUUCGGUGGACCACUCCACUCGGACUUCCUGUUGUACAGCCUUAUCGACAGUUGGGAAGGCAUCUUAUUAAGACUUCCCUUCAGGUGCUGACAUUAAAAAGAGAAACAGACAAGGUCAUGGUUAAGCGGCAAAGAACAGCUUUUCCUCCAAAUUUUGUCCACUCCCUUGAUGGUUCUCACAUGAUGAUGACUGCUGUUGCCUGCAAAGAGGCAGGGUUGAACUUUGCAGGGGUCCAUGAUUCAUACUGGACACAUGCAUGCGAUGUUGAUGAAAUGAACAGGAUACUCAGAGAAAAGUUUGUUGAACUCUAUGAGGCGCCAAUACUGGAGAAUUUGUUGGAAAGCUUCCAAAGUUCAUUCCCCAACUUGAAAUUUCCUCCCUUACCAGAGCGAGGAGUCUUUGAUCUAAAAGAUGUCCUGCGAUCAACCUAUUUCUUCAACUAGUCUGAACCGGACCCUAAACUUGUGAGUUUCCUUCGUAAUAUGUACUCUAUACCUCUGACAUUUGGUCCCAAGGUGAUGGCAGUUGUACUCGCUGAUCACUGGGUUUAGAUUGUGACAAGAGAACCCUAAACCACAUUGAGCAGAAAAGGUUGAGAAGAAAAGAAGCACGAGGCAUACCCCCCACCAUAGGUACCUUUUAACAUGUCUAAACACAAGAACUGAUUAAUUAUUAGGAGGAGAUAUCUCUGACACCAUCCUUCUGCAUACCUUAAAUGUGGCAUCUUCUGGAUCUGCAUUGUGAAAAGAUUCAGAAAUAACAUAUGCAAUGGCUUGAAGGAUCGACACUAUGUUAAUAAGCAAGCUACUUUGUCAUGGCUCGGUGCAAAAUGGAAUCGAAGCUUUUUGGAAGAAUGGAUUAUUAUGUUGAUGAAGCCAUUGAAACAGACUGAUGAUGAUGAAAGCUUCGGAUUUGCAUACCGUGGUUCCUUGGUGGAUGACGAUCAUGUCUCCUUCGUGGCAUUUUGCCACCUUUGUACCAAUUUUUCUAUAGGAUCUUUAAUUUGAUUCGUGGACUGGCUUUUGUAUUGUUCUUGCUACGAGUUAAAGCAAGAUGCUAAUAUAUAUGGCAAAAUAAUAUAGGUUGAUGUUUUUUUCCCAA